CGAGUUUGCAGGGGCUGAGAAGAAAAAACCGCUCAAGGUUGGAUCACCGCCGGCUGUCUCCCACAAGCGUUAGUUAAGCUCACCCAUUCGGCGAAAGCCAGGAAUGGCCACCUUUCGCCGGGUUUAGCCGAGAAUAGCCCUAUAUUUGGCACCAGCGACUUGGCAAUCAUUUCCAUUAGCCCGCGUCUCGUAAACGUUGGCGUCCAACAAACCUAAUUCAUAGCUUCAUUGGGAUGAAUUGUCGAGGAGGCAUGCAUGACCCGUCCACCGCCCAUGCACCUUGGGCGAGGUUACGUCUGACAGGGGAUCAACAGCAACCCUUCGCUCGCCCACCUCCUUAAAAACCUUGCGGAAGGGCCGGGUCCCGUCUUGCGAUUUUCAUACACUAUCCUAAACCCUUGAUCCACCUUCAAUCCACCGCUUUGCUGCAUUCCCUGCUAAUUGAAGCAUUUUACAGUACUUUGUCUUCACUAACAAUCGUCGACAAACAUGGAGGAAGGCCGAGAAGCCAACGUCGCUGAGCUCGCUCAAGAGUCGCGCCAUACUGAGACGAAGAAACUCUUCCCAGGCGUCCCUCUCACCAUCUUGGCGCCUGUGUUGGUCGCUUUAGCGCUCAUUGGUGUCAUUCUUCCGAAUACCUACAUCUUGCAAAACGCCAGUCAGGACUCCACGCAGGAUGUGACCAACAAAUAUCUGUCCUCGCUGCUUUCCAACGUCAGAUACCAAGUGGAAACGGUCGUCAACCCUUUAAAGCCGGUAGCUACUAUCUUGGCAGGAAUCCCUGCGAGCACGAACUGGCUCCUUUCCGCCCAAAAGGACAACUAUACCAAUCUCGAGGCCUUCGCCGAAACAAUCUCCACUUAUGGCGCCACAAAGGCCGCUCUUAGCCUGGAUGGAGUGGUCUGCUUGCGUGCAUCAUGGAGAGCUGGCUACGAGAACCUCGGGUUAGGAAUCCGCGACGUCAACAAAACCACGGUUAACCUGGGCAUCAUCCAGCUGAUUGUGCCUCCGGGUUAUCCCGACACCGUUGCAGCGAUCACGGACAAUGAUACACCCUUUCAACAGCGUGGCAUUGUCGUCGACCAGACCACUUGGUUGCCGAAGGUUCCACUGCCGAACGGUACUUUUCCUCUUACCAUUCCGAGUUCAGUGUACAUCAACUUGGGUCUCGUCCCUACGACUAGUUUCAUCGUGUAUAAGGACUCAGUCACCAAGCAGCAGAUUUCGUACGCUGUAAAGAGCGUCUUCCUCAACCCGACCGACAAAACCCCAGCGUACACUUGUGCCGCGGGUAUCAAGACUGCCACAUCGUGGAACACUGCCCUAUUGAAGGCGAGACCAACCGAGGACUCAGUGCUCACCCUCUUCGACCCGCAAUUCAACAUCCUCGCUUCCACCGGGAUGGUCAUGAACGCGACGGCGAGCUCGACCACGUACGAUACUGCUUACCCCAACGAGGACGCGCUUGCGUUCCAGACCUUCAUCAAGUCGAAAUAUACUCUCGCUGGUGCAGUCGCAGCCGGAAAGGCGCAAACCACGUUUGAAGUCGAAAUUGCUGGUACCCACUAUAUCGUUGGAAUCGAUUUGGCCGGCGCCCAGACAUACCCCUCGUACCCGCUUCUUCUCGUUGCUGCGAUUCCUCGUGAAAAGAUCUACGGCAAGAUCGAAGCUGCCAAGAAACGCAGCACGGGCGUUGUCAUUGGAAUCGCCAUCGCCGUGACUGCCUUUGUAGCGGCUGUCUUUAUCGUUGUCGCGCUUCCGCUCUUGACGCUUGCGCGGGAGAUGGAGAAGCUGACCAAGCUAGACUUUGGAUCUCUCGAGGCGUCUGGAUCGUUGGAGCGCCGCAGUUUGAUUUGGGAGUUGAGUAAAGUGCAGACUACCUUCGCUACGAUGGUCAAGGCAUUCGCUGGCGCCAUCAAGAAGAACCGUGCGUUGGUCAACAAGUCUGCUCAAAACGGAGGAGCAGUAUCUAGCACCAGAUCCGGCGUUAACGCCAGCACUAAGAAUUUGCCGGGAGCCGGAGGAACUAUUAACGCAAGUACCAAACACAUGAUAAUGGGACCGCCGAGCCCGACCACGAAGAACCCCUCCGGCGGGUUCUAAGAUCAGGUCUCGCAAGUUUUUUUCACUUCAUUUCGCGGUCAUUUUUGGAUUUUGGAGUUUCGGAAGAUAGGUCUUUGAUACCCUUCCCCAUUGGAGCUAAAGACCCAUCGUUAUGUUUUCGCUGUGCGUGUGCCUAGGUAUACCAUAGGGACAUCGUCGCUUGAUUCUGCCUGUAUAACUUAUCAAAGUGUCACCAUUUUAAAGCACGAAUAGUGCAGCCCGAUAAUUUCAUACCAGAUGCCGUCAAUUCAAGUGAGACGCCAAGAACCAGGGGUGGCAGCCGCUCGUCAGGCUAUGCCAAAGAAGGAUGGGAAGGUCGACAAGCGCUGGAACUCCUGAGGUCCAUUCUGUAUGCGCAAUAUGACCUUCAUGUCCAUUGUUCCGAGCUUCCGAAAGCUUGGGAGCGCGUG